AUGGAUAGAUUCUGGACGACCCCCCGCCAAUUCUCCCUUCUCGCAGCUCUGGUCCCGCGGCUGGUUCAGGCCCAACCCUUGGCCCAGCGGAAGCCGUGGCUGGUGGGGCUGGGGGCUGCACUGGCCUCCCUGUUCCUCAUCUUUGUCCUCACCUUGGUCUAUGCCAUCUGGUGCAGCGAGCCCGGGGACAGCGAUCAAGAGAAGGAAAAGGAGACUGUGAGAAAUGAGGAGAAGGAGGGAGAGGGCGACUGGGGGUUGGAACUGGAGGAGAGAGGGGCCUCCGAACCAUGA